AGAACCGGCACAUACUCCUGAAGUGUUGAUAUGCAUUUUUGAGAUCUGUGCUCUUUCCCCGAAAGCUGCUGAACUCAUUUCAUCACAGGACAUUGCCUUAAUUACUAGUUCUUAAAUGCACCUUUGGAUUAUUCUGUCAAGUGGUGAGAGGAUUGAUCAUUUGCAUUUUUAAACACCAAUACAUAGGCUAUAUAUCUUUUUGGUCGAUAUACUUUGGUACUCGGGAACCUUAAACGAUACAAAUCUUCGGUUUUGCCAUUUCAAAGCUGGUGAAAUAGGUGUUCUACAGUAGGACGAUGCUGCUAAGUUUGUAUGCUCUGGUGGCAUUUGUAUGGGGACUAACCGGCGUUUCUGCGUCGUUCGUGCCAUGUGAGCCGUGUGACCAGAAAGCAAUGUCCAUGUGUCCUCCGGUGCGGAACGGGUGUCAGGUGGUGAAAGAGCCCGGCUGCGGAUGCUGCUUGACCUGCGCGCUCAUCGAGGGACAGGCGUGUGGAGUCUACACGGGUACAUGUGGACGAGGACUGCGAUGCCUUCCUCGGAUUGGGGAGGAAAAGCCGCUGCACGCUCUGCUUUACGGCAAAGGAGUUUGCAUGAACGAGAAACUAAGUCCAUACAAAUCAAUGCAUAUGCCAAAGGAUCAAGAGUCAGAUGAAGAUGGCAUGGUUUCAGAGGUAACAGAGGAUCUGCUUCCUCAGGCCAAGGUUCCAUUAUUCCAGCGAGAUCAUAUUAACAGCAAGAAGGCUCAGGCCAUGCGAAAGGAUCGGAAGAGACAACAAGCUAAGCUCCGGACCAGGAGCCAUGUUGACUACUCACUUUUUGGAAUGGAAAAACAUCAGUCUGACAUUGGUCCAUGCCGAAGAAAGCUAGAUGGAAUUGUACAGAGGAUGAAGGACACUUCCAGAGUGAUGGCUCUUUCUUUAUACCUACCUAACUGUGACAAGAAAGGCUUCUUCAAGCGCAAACAGUGUAAGCCCUCUAGGGGGCGCAAGCGGGGCAUCUGCUGGUGUGUAGACAAGCAUGGAGUUCAAAUGCCGGGCACUGACUUUAAUGGAGGCAACAUCCAGUGUAAAGAAGUUGAAAGCCACAGCAACAACAACGAAUGAGACUACUUAAAUUCGAUCACGUAAAAGCAUCAUACACUCUCAUCUACUUUAUUAUGUGAUUUGCCAAUCAUUUCUAAUCUUAAUCUUAAAGAGUCUGACAUUUGUUUGUGAAAUGCUUUAGUAUACUCUGAAAGAGGAUAUGCAGAAGACAAGCUUUAGUUACUAAAUUCUUCCUCUUGUGUCAAUGGGAUCAUGGACUUAGGGAUAGCUCGCCCAAAACUCAAAAUUCUCUCAUCAUUUACUCAACCUUUGUUUGUUCCAAAUUUUUAUUAAUUUUUUCUUCUUUCGAAUUUAAAAGAAGAUAUUCUGAAGAAAGUCAGAAACCUGUAUCCGCUGACCACUGUAAUAUUUGUUUGUCCUACACUCACUAUGGUGGUACCUUUUCAAAAGGUACAAAUUUGUACCUGAAAUGUCCAUAUUAAUACCUCAAGGGUACAUAUUAGUAGCUAAAGAGUACAAAAGUGUACCUCCUAAAAUUUUUAGUUGCUAAUAUUUACUUUUGAGGUACCAAAAUGGAUCCUUUAAGUACAAAUGUGUAUCUUUUGAAAAGUUACCACCCAAAUGACAGCUUGUGUUCUAUAGAAGUUAGGUUUUUAGCUUUAUUCAAUAUAUCGCCUUGUGUGUUCAACAGAAAAAGAAAAAGAAAAAAAAACAUGUGAAGGUUUGGGACCACUUAAGAGGAAGUAAAUAUUGAGUAAAUGAUAAUUUCUUGGGUGAACUAUCCCUUACAUAUCUUAUAUAUACACACUAUAUUUUAGAGACCUUGGAAACUUGUAUUAGUUUUUAUGAGAUUAGGGAUAGAGAUUAGGGAUGAUUUGUCCAAAAAUGAAAAGGAUUUUAUUAACUCACCCUCAUAUUGCUCUGUAACAUUCUUUUUAUUCUGUGUAACACAAAAUAAGAGAUUUUAAAUGUUAAGUGUUUUGUUCAUAUAGUGAAUGAUGGUGGGGUCAAAAACAACACCGGAACCUAUUUUAUUUCAUGCA